GUUGAUAUGGCAAGCAAUUUACCCGUGUACACACUGUCCAACUUCUAUAAAACCAGGAAUUUACACCGACAUACGAGAGGCUCUGGCGAGUGUUGCGCUGGAUUUACACGAGGACAUACAAGGUACGAUAAGGCACCUGGAGUCGUCCUCCGAAUUGUUCAUCAAAGUUUAUAUGUACUCCGAUAUGGUGUCCGUGGCCCUGUACUGCUUGCUACCACCUCUGGUGACGGUUGUGAAGUACGCAUUAGGGACCGGACCCAUUCUGGUCACCGUCUAUACCGCUGAUUACUUACUGUUCGAUAUCGGAGCUUACUUCUGGUUAUGGCUGCCCGUGACUUCUUUCACCAUUCUGAUGACAUUUUAUAUGGCCUUCGGGAUAGUCACGACAGAUUCCUUCAACUUGUGUAUUCUGCAUCAUAUUACCUGUUUGUUCAAAGUUGUGCGGAUGAAGCUAAAUCGGUUGGAUGAUUUCAAAGAAACGGACCUCUACAGACAGAAGCUAGUUGAUAUUAUACUUUUGCAGGAAGUCGGCUACAGAAGCACUAAGCGUAUGGAGCGUGUACUAAAUGGCAUGCUUCUAAUGCUUUACAUUGGAUGUAUUGUUUGCCUUUGCCUGAUUAUGAUGGUUCUGACUAUAGCAAAGGGUGACCGAGAGUUGCUAAUUCAAAUGACAAUCGUUUUGUUGUACAACCUUUUGAUCGUAUUUUCAUAUUCGAUGCUGGGGACGGAACUUAUGGAUGCAAGCGUUUCGAUAGCGAAUGCGGCUUAUACGACGCGUUGGUACGAUCGUACUAUUCCAAUUCAAAAAGCAAUAUUAAUCAUAAUGACACGAUCGCAAAAUCAGGUAGCCCUCACAGCGGGGAAAUUAUUUCUUGUGAAUCGAGCGUCCUUCGCUAUGGCUCUUCGCGAUGCAUAUUCAUAUUACACUGUUUUGGGGAAGUUUUACGAUACUUAGUUAAUUGGUGGAAAUAUCGAAAAACAGCUAAAAUUUUUGUUCACACCGUAGAGUGUAGGUCGUACAUCCAAACUAGCGUUGGCAGAAAAUAUGCUUUUUCGUAUGCCACAAGGUAAAAUGCACAAAUAAAAGCACCUGUUUUUAUGAUUGGUCAAAUGUUUAUGUGUAUUGGAGUAGAUUUCUCAUUC